AUGAACGUCCUGCUGGUCGGCGGGGCCGGCUUCAUCGGCUCCAACCUCACCGAGCGCCUGCUGAACGACGGCCUGCACACGGUGACCGUCAUUGAUGUUGCCGCCGAAAAGAUCCGGCAGUUUGAGAACCACCCCAACCUUCGAUACAUCCGGCUGGACAUAGCCAGCGCGGAGGAUGGGGACAGGGUGGAGGAUGAGGUCCAGGAGGCGGACGUGGUGGUGAAUCUGGCCGCGUCGCGAGGGGGUGCCCUCGAGGCGCUGGCCGUGGACUACGGCGCCAGCAGCCGGCUUGCGCAGUUGUGCCUGAGCCACGGGAAGUGGGUCGUGCAGUUCAGCUCGAGCGACGUGUACGGCAUGAGUGCCGCCAGCGCCGCGGGGCUGGACGACGGAGAGGACGAAUCAUCCCGACUGGGUUCGGCACCAUUUGUGGAGGAUGAAUCGCCGCUGGUGCUGGGCCCCACACACGAGGCGCAGUGGGCGCCGGCGUGCGCGUGCCAGAUGUUGGAGCGCGCUCUGCACGCGCACGGGCGGCGCGACGGGCUCAAGUACACCAUCGUGCGGCUGUUCGACGUGCUGGGUCCCCGGCUGGACUACCUGCCGUCGGAGAAGGGCGGGCAUGAGGAUGGCGCCGAUCGGCCGCCCGUGGCGUUCGUGUGCGAGGUGAUCGACGCCCUGCUGCACGGCGCGGGGCCGGUGAGGCUGGUGGACGGCGGCGAGUGGCGGCGGACGUUCGUGGACGUGGACGACGCCGUGGACUGCGUGGCCAAGAUUGUGGAGGGCAGGGGGCGGGGCACGCUGGGCCGGACCUUCAACGUGGGCCACCCGGGCAACGAGAUCGGGAUGCGGGAACUGGCGGAGAGGGUCUGCGAGAUUUUCGAGCAGAACUUCAGGCGGGAUGGGGACCCCCCGGCGCCGGAGUUCGUGAGCGUCUCUUCGAGGGAGGUGUGGGCCAAGGGGUACCUGGACAGCGACAGGCGGCUGCCGGACAUUGGCAAAGCAAGGGACGUGUUGGGCUGGGAGCCGCACCACGACCUGGACUGGAUGCUGUUCAGAACGCUGGAAUAUUUUGUGCAGAGGCACAGGGACAAGCAGGCCUGCGAGGAGUAG